UAUUCAGAAGCAGUAGAACCCAACUUUGAACAUAUCCAAAAUGUGAGUUUUGCUCCUUUAAGGAGACAUCUGAACAUCCAGUUGGCCUUUUGCACCAGUGCAUGCUGCAGGCGUCUGAAUGGGUGUCUAUAUGGGGAAAGGCUCAAUGCUGCAAUACAGGCUAAUUCCUGCUAAUCCUGCUGCAACUCCUACUACUUACAGAAGGUUUCCAAUGGCAGCCCCCAAGCAGGGGAAUUGCUGGAGAUCUCUCCUGAAAAUGUUUCCACAAUCAGGAAAAUCGAUUGUCUUCGACAACUUUCCGGAUCCCACCGACACCUGGGAAAUCAUUGAGACAAUCGGGAAAGGAACAUACGGGAAAGUCUACAAGGUUCUGAACAAAAAAGAUGGAAGCAAAGCAGCUGUGAAGAUAUUGGAUCCCAUUCAUGAUAUAGAUGAGGAGAUUGAGGCAGAAUACAACAUCCUCAAAGCUCUGUCCGACCACCCAAACGUCGUCAAGUUUUAUGGGAUGUUUUACAAGAAGGAUCUGAAAUGUGGCGAUCAGUUGUGGCUUGUGCUGGAGCUCUGCAAUGGCGGCUCUGUGACGGAUUUGGCCAAAGGCAUGCUGAAAAGAGGAGAGAGGAUGGAGGAAGCCAUUAUUGCCUAUAUUUUGCAUGAAGCUCUGAAGGGCCUGCAGCACCUGCACAUCAACAAAACCAUCCACAGGGACGUGAAAGGCAACAACAUCCUGCUGACGACGCACGGAGGGAUAAAACUCGUGGACUUUGGUGUUUCAGCCCAGCUGACAAAUACCCGUCUGAGGAGGAACACUUCGGUAGGAACCCCCUUCUGGAUGGCCCCCGAGGUCAUAGCCUGCGAACAGCAGCUGGACUCGACCUACGACGCUCGCUGUGAUGUCUGGUCUCUGGGCAUCACAGCCAUAGAGCUGGGAGAUGGAGACCCUCCUCUGUCUGACCUCCACCCCAUGAGAGCCCUUUUUAAAAUACCCAGAAACCCUCCGCCGACUCUCCACCAAACCGAGCUCUGGUCAGACGACUUUAAUGACUUUAUCUGCAAAUGUCUGAUAAAGGACUUUGAGCUGAGGCCCAACGUGUUGGAUUUGCUGCAUCAUGUGUUCAUCAAGCAGACUGUCGGCAGGGAGAAAAUCCUGCAGAAGCAACUGAUUGAACUCAUUGAUUUCAAUCAGCAAAUUGGAUUGAUUGAAAAAACAAGCCAUCAUGGAAAGACAGACAGAAGUACAGACAGUAAUGACAGGCAUGAACGUAUUCACACAAAGAAAGGAAGCCACAUGAAGACGCAAGCCGACACAGACGAGGUGGACGACCUCGCCACCCUGGAGGUUCUGGACGAGAACACGGUCACAGAGCAUCUGCAGAGCCGCUACACCAGAGAUCGGAUUUACACGUAUGUUGGUGACAUCCUGAUUGCUGUGAAUCCCUUUCAUAAAAUGGAGAUUUACUCUCCUCAGCAAACUAAGAUGUACAUUGGCGCCAAGCGCACAGCAAACCCUCCACACAUCUUUGCGGUGGCGGACAUUGCCUACCAGUCGAUGGUCUCAUACAACACCGAUCAGUGCGUUGUGAUCAGCGGGGAAAGUGGAGCAGGGAAGACGGAAAGCGCACAUCUGUUAGUGCAGCAGCUGACCAUUCUCGGGAAGGCCAACAACCGUACGCUCCAGGAGAAAAUCCUGCUGGUCAACAGUCUGGUGGAGGCUUUCGGAAACGCCUGCACCGUCAUCAACGACAACUCCAGCCGCUUCGGGAAAUACUUGGAGAUGAAGUUCACCGACGGCGGAACGGUGAUCGGAGCGCAGAUAUCCGAGUACCUGCUGGAGAAAUCCAGGGUCAUCCACCAGGCGAUAGGUGAGAAGAACUUCCACAUUUUCUACUACAUUUAUGCUGGUCUGGCUGACAAGAAGAAACUAGCCCACUACAAGCUGUCUGACUGCAAGACACCUAAGUACCUUUACACAGAAAACUUGAAAUUAGGCCCUGACAUAGUGAGCAACGCCCUCUACAAAGAGCAGUUUGAUGCAGUAGAGCAAUGUUUCAAAGUCAUUGGAUUCACCCUGGAGGAGCUGGGCAGUGUUUACAGCAUCCUGGCGGCCAUCCUUAACUCUGGUGACAUUGAGUUUUCUGCAGUCGCCUCAGAGCAUCAAACUGACAAGAGCAACAUCACCAACAUUUCAGUCCUGGAGAACGUGGCGUCCCUGCUGCGGAUCCGGUCGGACGAGCUCCAGGAAGCCCUGACCUCCCACUGCGUGGUGGCGCGGGGUGAGACCAUCGUCCGGCCCAACACGGUGGAUAAGGCGGUGGAGGUGAGGGACGCCAUGGGGAAGGCGCUGUACGCCCGGCUCUUCAGCUGGAUCGUGAACCGCAUCAACGCGCUGCUGCGGCCCGACAGUCAGCCGGGAGAGGACGAUAAGGGUCUGAACAUCGGCAUCCUGGAUAUCUUUGGCUUUGAGAACUUCAAGAAGAACUCUUUCGAGCAGCUCUGCAUCAACCUCGCCAACGAGCAGAUCCAGUUUUACUUCAACCAGCACAUAUUCGCUUGGGAACAGGAUGAGUAUCUCAACGAAGAGGUCGAUGCUCGGAUGAUCGAGUACGAGGACAACCGGCCCCUCCUCGACCUGUUUCUGCAGAAACCUAUGGGGCUGCUCUCCCUGCUGGACGAGGAAAGCCGCUUCCCACAGGCCACAGACCAGACGCUUGUAGAGAAAUUUGAAGAUAAUCUGAAAACAAAGAGCUUCUGGAGGCCUAAAAGGAUGGAUCUUGGCUUUGGUAUUCAUCACUAUGCUGGGAAGGUGAUUUACAACGCUGCUGGCUUCUUGGCCAAGAACAGAGAGACACUCCCAGCAGACAUUAUCCUCCUGCUGAGGUCAUCGGAGAACGAGCUGAUCCGCAAACUGGUCACACAUCCUCUCACCAAAACGGGUAACCUUGCCCACACUAAGGGUAAAGGCGUAAACACACUGAGAGCGCCGCGGACCCCCACACGGACUAUGACCUUGGCUAAGAUGGGGAUGCUUACGUUGUACAGCUCUUUUUCUUUUAGCGAGCCAGCAGAACGUGGUGAGGCCCCGUACCAUCCGAGAGAAACCACCAACAUGAAGACGCAGACCGUGGCCUCGUACUUCAGGUACUCUCUGAUGGACCUCCUGUCCAAGAUGGUGGCCGGGCAGCCGCACUUCGUCCGCUGCAUCAAACCCAACAACGAGCGCCAUGCCAACAAGUUCGACCGGGAGAAGGUUCUGGUCCAGCUGCGCUACACCGGCGUCCUGGAAACCGCCAAGAUCCGACGCCAGGGCUACUCCCAUCGCAUCCUGUUUGCUAACUUCAUGAAGAGGUACUACAUCUUGGCGUUUCACGCUCAUGAAGAGCCGGCUGUGACUCCAGAGACGUGCGCCGCCAUAUUGGAGAAGGCAAAACUGGAAAACUGGGCAAUGGGGAAGACCAAGGUGUUCCUGAAGUAUUACCACGUCGAACAUCUGAACCUGAUGGUGCAGCAGGCGACGCAGAGGAUCGUGCUGCUCCAGGCUUGUGUCCGAGGCUGGCUGGGAGCCAAACGGUACCGGAGGAUGCUGAAAGAGCGAGAACAAAGCGCUCUGGUUCUGCAGUCAGCUUACAGAGGUCACAAAGUUCGGAAGAAAGUAGCCGACGAUAAAAGCAAAGUGAAGUUUGACACUUUUAUAAUCCAAUUUCAGGCUGUUUGCAGAGGAUAUCUGGCAAGAAAGACGUACAAGGAGUUGGUAGAUGAGAAAAACAAGGCAGCUACCAAGAUCCAGGCUCGCUACAGAGGCCACAAGGAGCGGAAAAGUUUCCAACGAAAACGGGAAGCCAAAGAGAAGGAGAAAGCGGAGACUGCUCUUAAAGAAGCGGGACCAGAACCUGCUGAUGAAACGGCGUCUAAAACAGAAAACAGUGAAGAAGAAGAAGCGAAAGCUGCUGUUGUUCUUCAGAGCAACUUCCGAGGCUACAAAGAGAGAAAAAAAUUCAAGGAGAGAAAGAAGACGGUGGCCGGAGCGGAGCUGGAGAUACCAAAUGAAAACAAGGAGAAAACUGUUAAAGAUGGAGAGGAAACCGCAGCGAGCAAUCAGGAGGAGAACAACGAGGAAGAGGAUGAGAGCACUUAUGAGGCAGAGGAGAACGAUGACAGCGAUAAUACCCAGGUACCGGAAGACGAGGAAAACACAGAGGUGAGCGACGAAGCCGUCAUUCAGGACGCAGAAACCAGAAACACAAGCGCGCAGGAAGCUGCCAAUCUAGAAGAGGAAACUAAAGCAGCGACUGUCAUCCAGAGCAACUUCAGAGGCCACAAAGAGAGGAAGAGGCUGCAGGAGGAAGGCAAGGUCACAGGUAAGCAGCAGAAGAAGGAGGAGCCAGAGACUCCAGGUGUUUCUUCUUCUGGUGAUGAUCCAGAUGAGGCAAAGGCAGCUGUGGUGCUCCAAAGCAACUUCCGCGGACACAAGGAGCGGAAACGACUCGAGGAGGAAGGAAAAAUUCCCCGGAGGAAUAAGAAGGAACCUACAAACGAAGAGCAACCCGUUCCCGAUGACCAGGAGAACGUUCCGGAGGCGGCGGACGAGGAGAAAGCAGCGACUGUCCUGCAGAGUAACUUCAGAGGACAUCGGGACCGGAAGAAGCUGAAAGCUGAGAAAGAAGCGCGGCAGAAAGAGACAGAUGGCGGAGCAGUUCGUGAUGAAGCGGAGCCCGGCGGGAAGGAAAAGGACGAGGCGCUGGAUGUCAGCGAUGUGGCGAUCGAGCGCAAAGAGCAGGAAGAUCUGGAGAAAGAGAGGCGGGAGGAAGAGCAUGCAGCGGUGAGAAUCCAGAGUAACUUCAGGGGAUAUAAGGACCGGAAGAACCUGAAGGCCAACAGGGAGGCGGCCCGGACGGAAGCCGAGCAGCUGGAAAGUUUCUCCAAAGAGAUUGCGGAGACUUCCCAGGACUUUGCGGCCCUGCAGCAGAAGCUGAAUGAGAUCAUCCUGGCCCAUCAAUCAAACCCUGAAAACAAUGGCAUGUUUGUGAGAGGAAAAGCAAUCAAUGGCUACGCCCCACAGAUUCAGUCAGCUGACAAGAGAUUUUUGAGAACCCCCCGCAGAACGCAGCAGCCCAAAACCCUGAACACACCAGAGGACUCCACUUACUACACGCUCAUUCAUAGAUCUGUCCAGGACGAUAAACGCAAACCCAGAAAAGAGGAUCCAGGGAAGCAGCUUGACGUGGACGACCAGUACUACCGCACCCUGUCCACCAAACGGCCCGAACCCUCCAGCUCCACCCGGGGGACGCACGAGAGGAGGCAGUCUGUAGAGAGGAGACAGUCCAUGGAGCGAAGACAGUCCAUGGACAGGAGACGAUCCACGGUCCGCAGUCACCACGGAGACAGACGGCUGUCCACGGACCAAAGGUCGGCAGGUUCUAGUCGACAGAUGAGAGAGAGGGCGGUCACUGAGCCCGAGCUUCCCAGACCCGUGAAACAAGACAACAGGCGCUCCGUUCCGCGGAUGUCGUCGACGGAGAGCCGAAGCGGAGACAAUCCGUACGACUUCAGGCACCUGCUGAGGAAGACGUCGCAGAGACGAAGGCUCAUCAAGAAGUACUGAACCGGGCCGGACUUGAGAAUGGACCUGCAGCUUCUCCUGUGGCAGAUUUUAAACGUUUUAGAGAACGUGCAGGAGAUCAUGCGUCACUGGUUUCUGAGAAUCAAGAAUAGAUUGUAAAUAAUAAAUGUAAUAAAGUUGUUGUAUAUUAAGAUUUAUUCAUGUUGACUAUUGAAAGUGUUUGUGUUGAUGCCCAUUUUCUUAAUUUUCACAUAUUUACUUUUGGAAAAUAAGCCUCAGAUUUGUUGUGUUUUGCUGUCUCGAUGUCUUGUUUGUUAAUUUAAACAUAAAGUAUUUUAAAAUUA